AUGUACUUCAAGAUACUCUCCCGAGUGUUCAAGGAGGGCACCAGGGAAGCGGGGGUGUGUGCCGUGACCGUUUCAAGGCUGACAGCAGGCAACAAGUCGCACCUAGAUCCUCACAGGACAGACAUCAAGAGAUGGAAGGAGCAGCAGGUCUUCUUGGAUCGCCACGAUGCCUCUGGUGAGGAGGCAGUGAGGUCCUACAGCAAACUCCACCAUGAUUUCGUAGCUGCCGCCAUGGAAGUUGGAAGUCGGGUCGACCGAGCGCACCUUGACGAGUCGCGUUUUCUCGUCUGCCAGCCGACGUUCGGUCUGGGGAACCGGAUGAACGCGAUGAUGAUGUGCAUGACGUUGGCGAUGAUGACGGGGCGAGUGUUGCUCCUGCACUGGAACUGCCUGUCCUGCCAUGAUGAGUUGGCAUAUCCCCUUCAGCCCAGUGAUGUCUUGUUGAGAAGCUUCGUGGACUGGAAUAUCGAUCUCCUCCUUCUGCUGUUCGACGAUCGAGAGAUCUCUGCGAUGAGCAGGGUCGUGGUAGAGCCCGGAGUGAGCGACGGGGCGGUGGGAGGACAGGAGUUGUCGUUGCAGGACAUCUUUACUAAGAUGAACAUCGACGACGUUUGGCCCGAGCGGGUGCUGGUGCUCAACGUCUACCGUUUCUACCCCUCCAUCUUCGACAACCCCCAUUACAAGUCUCUCUUUCAACGCCCAGCUGCAGCAGGGGAAGCAGCCCCAACAACUUCGUUCUCUCUCCCUCCCCCGCCAGCAUGGUACGCGCGCAUGGGUCUGAGGCUCUUCGGCAGCCCUCCAGCAUGGACGAGGAAGACGCUGGAGCAGGCGAGUCGGUUAGUGAGCUUGCUCGACAUGUCAGGAAGAGUCGUCGGGCUUCAGAUGCGACGGCAUCUCCCUGUCUCCUACGAGGGAGUGCGGAGAGACCGGGAGAGCGCCGAGCAGUUCGUGACUUGCUUCCGCCUUUUCCCCCAAGCCAACAGUUGGAUUUUCUCAGUCUUCACUCGCGCCUCGCUGUCGUCUGCUUAA